AUGGAUAAGUCGACAGACGCCGCCUUUGCGCAUCCUUACUACCCAGUCACCGCUGCCCUACCACACUAUGUCACCAACAAAAACUCCGUUCUCAGCUUGCUCGUAUUCUUCGGGAGCAUAAUAUCCUUCGUCGUCUUUACGGCCGUCGCGGGUGCUAGAAAUACCUAUCCUCAGCUGAAAGCCUCGGACCAGCUUACCGUGGCUUGGUUUGCUCUUUGCGGUUUCCUUCACUGUUUCUUCGAAGGAUACUUUAUCCUCAACCACAAGAGCCUGGCCAGUGACCAAAGUCUCUUCGGCCAGCUGUGGAAGGAGUAUGCACUCUCCGACUCUCGCUACUUGACCUCUGAUCCAUUUAUGCUCUGCGUUGAGUCCUUCACAGUACUCGUAUGGGGCCCCCUCUGCUGGGCCAUCGUCAUCACUACUGCCAAUCGGAACCAGUUGCGUUACCCAUUGCAGAUCAUCAUGAGUGUUGGGCACCUGUACGGCGUCGUGCUUUACUACUCAACCAGCUUGAUCGAGUUCUACUCCAACGGAGUAUCGCACAGCAGACCUGAGUUCCUGUACUUCUGGGUCUACUACACUGGUUUAAAUGCUCCUUGGGUCAUUGUGCCUGCGAUUAUUCUCUACCAAACCACGGUCCAUAUCAAGAGGCACCUCACAGACCGUGCGGACGUGGUGGCCAAGCUGAACAGGAUUGAUGGCAUUAUGGGCGACAAAUCUUGGCAGACGCUCACACUCCUUCUCCAUAUGAACUUUUGGUUCUCGAACAUUUCUGGAACAAAUCGAGCGCGAUUUGCAGCCUUCCCGUUCGCCAUGUUGUACAGCCGCGCUCCUAGGAGACGAGAACAUUCAACCUCCUCACUUUCAAGCAUCUCACCCAAAAUCUUGUCAUACUUCACAAUGCAAUCCCUUAACUUUCUUCUCGCUGCCCUUGCCGCGACAGCAGUUAGGGCAACCUGUCUCCCAUCAUCCCAUGGUUCCCCUGCCUUCCCGUCAUCCAUGAUCACCUUCUCUGCCGGCUUCGAACAGCCACAGCCACCUCUGAUCAAACCAGAGUAUCAGGCCAGUUUUGUUCAGCAUAAAUGGAAUGCGAACCUAUCCCACAUCACGACUGGUUACAUCGACAAUUCCCCUUCCGAUGCUUUCGUCCGUGUGGGCGAAGCCUACGAGGGUCAGAUUUCGUGGUCGUUGUUUGACUAUUCCAACGUUAGCGAGUCAGGCCUCGUGGACAACACGAUGACGACGUAUGGCCCGAACUCCACCGCCCCGAGCGUGUGGAGGGGUUAUGUGAACUCGAAUUUCCCCAUCUUUCAGAGUGAUAUUCUGGUCGAAGCUGGAGCAGUCUACGAAGGACUCGUGCAGAGGGAUUUCAUCUCAUCGCCUGUUGCCGCGUGGAGCAUCAUGUACCAGGGUGCCAUUCCGGUGACGGUCUACGUCAAUGAAUGCAAUGUAGUCGUUGGCUACGACUACUUUGCCCCUGACUUGCGAACCCGAGUGAUCAUGGAGUUCUUCAAUAUUCAGGCAAAGUGA